CUUCAUGCUACCGUCAUGCAGAACUUUUUAUGGGAGCACAAGGAUGGCUACAAUUUUUCUUAUCUGGUCCAUUGGAAUCUGGUGUGUGCAAAGAGGAGGUGGAUUGGGAGUUUUGGAUCUUAAGAAAAUGGACUCGCGUUGUUAUCCGAAUGGUUCGGGAGAUUUGGUAUUAACAAAAAACACUUGUGGUACAGGAUUAUCUAUAAUAAAUAUGGGACUAUCACUUCUCAUUGGAUUCCUAGUGUUGAUAACUUCCCCCAUGCUUUUGUCUGGAAAUCCAAUAUACCACCUAAGAACUAUUCAUGACUAGCUCACUGCUGGCAUAAUAAUGACUUCUCUAGUUUUGACAAAGAGUUUUGGGCUCUCAUUCAUGCCGCUACUUGUUGGGUUCUAUGCGAUGAGCGUAAUGCUCAUCUCUUUGGAGACAAGCAUUUGUUUAAAAUAGGUCGAAGUGUUUGUUUAAAAAAAUAUUUUGAUCUUGGUGUUGAAGCCAAAUUUCUUGUGAUUGUGUGAGACAUAGAUUCUUGCAGUCUGACACUUCUAGUACAGUGUUUAACUGGGAUAUAAUUUUUCUUAAUUUCUUUUUAUCUACCACCGGUGGCUUCUGUACA